AUAAAAAUGGCGUUUUUCGUUGAAUGAGUUUUAGUACUUUUGCUAACGAACGUAAAUGUCAACUUUUGUCGAUGAGCAGGUGAAGCGUCUGGAUACCAUAUUAUCACGUUCGUUUGAGCAAAGUCUAGACUUUUCUUCUUUGUCAUUUCAAGCUCUGAAUGAAGGAAAUCAAUUUUUAAUACAAACAAUUCAAGCUCUCGACUUUCAAAACGCCAGCAAUAUACCUUCUCUAAAAAAGUUGCAGGAGUACCUUCAGAAAUACUUGAAUGAUAUCAAUUCAACUGCCACAACGAAUGCUGAACUAGAAUGGUUUUUUGUUGCCAAGUGCACUAUUGCUGUUUACGGCCAUGUGUUUUCAAAAUUGUUGGAACUGACACUACCCGUUUCUGAGUCUAUCAAUUACUGGAAUAGUAUACAAGGAAAUACUAUGCAAGAAAUAUACUACGCUAUGCAAAUUGCUCCUAGCCGCUUAUAUCACUUGCUCAAAAAUACUGUGAAAAAUCUAUCAACCAAAUCGGUCAACUUUCACCAAUUAAGUUCAAUGGAUUUCAUUAUUACACAACUAUUUCCUGUCCACAAUGAACAACAUCAAAAACAACGCAGCCGCAAAACCGCUAUCGACCUGCUAAAAUUCUUCAAUCUUUCAUCUCUACGUCACCGACCUUUUCUUCUUCAGAUUAUUCGAAAUGAAAUCGAGCUAAAAAAGACGACAUUGCAAAGGAUACGCUCCGAGCUUGCUGCCAGCUUGGGUGUUAUGUUGCUAACUCCACCCCAGUUUACCGAUGGUAUACCGAAGGAAACUAAACAAUGCGUCGAAAUGAUACACUAUAUCAUGAGAGCAGAUCGUACAGCAAGUUACAAUAGCUAUGGUAGAAGAAACAGUCAGAAGAAUGAUAAGCACUUUCAAGAACAAUUCUCUCUGCAAGAAUCAAAUACGACGUCAGCAAAAGAUAUUGCUAGUGAAUUAAAUCAGAUUCUACAAACGUGGUCUUUAUCGUGCGAAAGUCAUUUCACCACAGUGCAAUCACUAUACGGCAUUCCAUCAACGCUGUCGCGUUACUGGAUUCCUGCAUUACUGCUCUACUAUGCUGGCGAUUAUGCUAUAAGAUAUGGUUUAGACCGUCAGGACGAUAUCUUACAUUAUACCCGAGAAUUUGGUAAAACGGCUUACGAGUUCUUGCUAAAUUGGGUGUGGGAACCCAUGGUAAAAGUAUACAAUACUAUCAGACUUAAAGAUCAAAGAUUAAGUCUUUUAAGUAAAGAAGGAUUGCAAAGCGAUUUGGAUUCUUUGGAGCGCAUGGUAGUUGGAUUUGCCACAGAUAACCUGCAUCUAGCCGAAAACGAAUUAUCUCAUUUAGCUCUAGAUGUUAGAGAAGGAGACUUAUCGGUUUUGCUUAAAGAAUAUGAAAGAGAAAUAAAGAACCCUCUAAAAAAUGUUAUUACUGGUAAUUUACUACAAACAAUGCUUAUUCAAGUACAAAAAGUGAAGGUAGACGUUGAUCUCGCCAUGUCCGCCCUUGAUAAACUUCUCAAAUCUAAUGAACUCAAUUUUGCAUUCCUUGCUGUUGCACCUUCAAUGCUAUUGACAUACGCUUCGGCUUCGUGGCUUAAAAAUAGACUUCGAGGAAGGUCCCAGCAGAAAACAAACCAGACGAAUUGAGAGACAACUCAUUAUACACAAGACCUUUCAAAAGGAUGAAGUUGGUGAAUGGAUGCUCAACACAAAUAUGGAGCGGGAAAUACAGCACCAAGUUAACUGUGAGGCUCAGGGUAUCCUGCUUUGUGAAGUUCAUUUAUUACGUUCGUAUUCCCAAUUACUUCCUCACCGUAAUAACACUCGAGCACGUUUUCUAGAGGAUAUACGAGAUUUGGAAAAUCCAGUGCUUACGAAUGAACAAAAG